AGAUCUAAAUCUAAGAAUAGCAGUCAUUAGCUAACGGUGUCUCAGAAUGCCUGUGAAAGUUUUAGAGAAAUCAGAAUUUUGAGAUAUAUUCUACCUUCUGGUGACUGGUUAGGUGUGGCAUAUCUGGACAAGUGGUAUCAAUAAUUGUGCUGCUAUAAGGAUCGUUUAUCCAAAAUGAAAAUUCUUAACAAUGUGAGUGUGAACAAAUUAAGAUGUUUUUGUGAGGUAAGCCUUUAUUUAAAAAGCCCUCCCCUCAUGAUACAAAACACUGCUCAAAAUGCUAUAGGGAGGUUUAAUUCAGUGUAAUGUAAACCUGAGAAGGUUGUUGUUUAAUUACUAGAUAUAAACCCGAUGCUCAGAUUUAUAAACCUUGGAGAGAGUGCUGUGAAGUGAACAUAACAUGAACAGUACAGUCAUGGGUUUCAAACAACAGUUUAGCAUAGUGCGCAUAAAAUGCUACGUUUGGUCUAGGUUGUAGAAACUAAUAAAACCUAGAACUAAUAAAACUAACCCGAAGUCAUUUAAAAUGUGAAUGUUUUUAGUUUGGGAAGGUAAGUGAUGUAAGUACGUGUGGUGCUGCUCUACCUGAACGUGUGUGUGUGUGUGUGUCAUGGGUGGGUCUUACAAAGUUACACACACACACACACACACACACACACACACACACACACACACCUGCUGAUGUCUGGAUUGUGUGAAGAGCUGAAGAUUAAAAAACAUGAGUUUACCAGACUGUAAAUCUACUGGAAAACAGUCCACGUCUCCUGUUAAGUCGAAAUCUCAGGUUGUACAGCUCAAUAUCGGGGGUCAUGUCUUCAGCACAACUCUUGCGACCAUUCGUAAGUUCCCAGACUCCACACUGGCAGACCUGUUUAAUGGGUCAUCCAAAGCUCGGAUGGAUUCAGAGGGUCGUUACUUCAUAGAUCGUGACGGGACUCACUUUGGGUAUAUCCUCGAGUACCUCAGAACGGAGAACCUUCCUACCAAACACUUACAGGAAGUGCAUAAAGAUGCAUUGUACUACGACAUCAAACUCCUGGUCAAAGCCAUCGAGGAGACACCGCAGUUUUUCGGCGAGACUGUGGGAAGACAGCAGUUCUUGAACCGUGUGCCCAAUUACCGUGAAAACCUGGAGGUGAUUGUUAAAGUAGCCAGAGCAGAAGCCAUCGCCUCACGGUACUCCACAAUAAUUGUGUGUGUUGUCAAGACAGAAGAUGAUUUGGCCAGAUACAAAGAUGCUAUUGACAGUCUCGGCGCCCUAAAAGAAUCUGUGGUGACCUUCGGUCCGUGGAAAGCUCCAGCUUCAGGGGAGGACCUGUUAGAUUGCAUUAAAAUGGACAUAGAAGCCAAAGGAUAUAACGUUAAAAUCCAGCCACACAGCAAAGCGUUUCUCUUCAAGAGCAACGACUUCUUCUAUAAACUGACUUUCAAAUGGUGGUGAUUAAUGUGAGCUCCAACAUAUAGGCCAAGUGUGACCUGGAAAUGGGGAUUUGAGAAAUGAAUUAAAGGUAUCUCAUAAUAAUAUUGAGUAUCUAUAGAGUAGCAUUGCAUACUUAGUAUCUUCGAAAAGUAUUUAGUUUGAUCAAAUUUAUAAAAUAUAGAUACAGCUGUAAGAUUAUAUCCGAAAUCAAACGACCCGCUGGGGGUGUGCGGGCAGAGGAACUAAAUUACGAGCACACAAUACAUCAUCGCAUUAUCCCUGCAUAACUGUUGAUUCACUAUAAGUUUGUGUUGUUUACAUUAUGCACGUACAUGCCGAUUGCCAACAAAACACAGACGUAUGACUUAGUUUCACUGACCCCGUGCGGUUCAUGUCUGGCAUCUUUUAGCGCUGGGACCGCUCCAUCUAUCAGUUUCAAAAGAUCUGCAAAUCCAGCGUUAUAUCCACCGUUUAUAUUACAUCCUUUACUGAAAUGCAGUGAACAAACAAACACACCUCAACUUCUCUCACUAUUGCAAGAGUAACGAGCUGCAGCUGCAGGCCCACAGUGCAGCCAAUCUUGAUGGUAAGCGGGUUUUCCUAUCGCUCGUCGGUUGACGCGUGGGCGGGCUAUUUCUUUCGCCUUGCCGUUGGCGUGCUUUUCCGGGAGAAUUGCCCAAUAAGGGACUUAGAAAAGUUGUUACGUAACGGUUUUUCAUAUUCAAAAAAAAACUUUCCGGAACCUUUACGAACCUUGGGGGAGUGUAUCGAGCACAGAAAUACUACAUCAUACGUCCAACUCGUUUUUUGACAAUUUGACCAUGUUAAGCAUGUGAUGCCAGCACGUUUUACAUUGUAAAGAAGUCAGAAUGCAUGAAACGGCGUUAAAGCACCCCUUUAAUGUUUCGCAAUGUAGAGAAUCCACAUUUGUAAAAUAUGUGGCAAGAUCUGUUCUUUUAGCGAUGCAACAGUAUGACAGACAGCUGGAAUAAUAGAGUUCUUUUCUGUAACUGGCCUCCCUUGUGUAAUAUUGACUUAAGUUAUACUGUCCCUUCUUAUCAUAUAACAUUCUUUGAAUAAUCACUUAAAGUAAUAAAAUGAUAUCUCCA